CUUUGUUGCACCCUUGAGCCGAAGAGAGGAGAAAACCGAAUAGGAUCCAGAGGGGGGGGGGUUGUUGGUUCGCCCCUCUUUUUUUUUUCCUUCUUCUUCUUCUUUUUGGAAAAAAGGAACAUCCUGGUCGCCUCUCCUGGUUUAUACUUUUUUGGCUCCGGAUUUGCGGAGGGGUGGAGGGGGGAAAGCAGAAGAGGCGGCGGCGGGGGAGGAGGAGGCGGCGGCGGAGGCGGCGGCGAAGGAGGAGGCCAGUCUGCUGCUGCUGCUGCUGCUUGGUCCGGCUGGACUGCUGGAAGGGAGGCCAUGCAGGCUCGCUAUUCGGUCUCCAGCCCUAACUCGCUGGGAGUGGUACCUUACCUCGGCGGCGAGCAGAGCUACUACCGGGCGGCAGCCGGAGGGGGCUACGCGGCCAUGCCUGCCCCCAUGAGCAUGUACUCGACCCACCCAGCAGCUCAUGAGCAGUACCCGAGCGGGGGCGGCGGCGGCGGGGGCGGCAUAGGCAGGCCGUACGGGCCGUACCCACCGCAGCCACAGCCCAAGGACCUGGUCAAGCCGCCCUACAGCUACAUCGCGCUCAUCACCAUGGCCAUCCAGAACGCGCCCGAGAAGAAGAUCACGCUGAACGGCAUCUACCAGUUCAUCAUGGAGCGCUUCCCCUUCUACCGGGACAACAAGCAGGGCUGGCAGAACUCCAUCCGGCACAACCUCUCGCUCAACGAGUGCUUCGUCAAGGUGCCCCGCGACGACAAGAAGCCCGGCAAGGGCAGCUACUGGACCCUCGAUCCGGACUCCUACAACAUGUUCGAGAACGGCUCCUUCCUCCGCCGCCGCCGCCGCUUCAAGAAAAAAGACGCCGUUAAGGACAAGGAGGAGAAGGAGCGCCUCCAACUUAAGGAGCCGCCGCCGCCGCCGCCGCCUCGGCACCAGCCGCAAGAGGGAGGCCAGCAGCAGCCGCCGCCGCCGCCUCCCCCCGUCAGGCUUCAGGACAUCAAGACGGAGAACGGCUCCGCGUCUCCCCCGCAAGCCCUGUCCCCCUUGGGAGGAGCGCCAGUGCCCAAGAUCGAAAGCCCCGAGAGCUCCAGCACCAGCAGCCUCUCCAGCGGGGGAGGCGGCGGCGGCGGAGGAGGCAGCCCGCGCGGUGGCCGAGUGCUGGGCUUGGAGUCCAGCGGAGCAGCCGAGUCCCAAUCGCAGAAUCAGCACCAUCCCCAUCAUCCGCACCCGCACCAGCACCACCAUCAUCCGCACCCCCACCACCACGCCGCCCUUCAUCAUCCCCCGGCGCACCAUCAUCCCGGCGGGGGAGGGGGAGGCGGCGGCUUCAGCGUGGACAACAUAAUCAUGACUUCCCUGCGCAGCUCGCCGCAAGGCGCCUCCGCCGAGCUCCUGGCUUUGCCGCCGUCCGCCGCCUCUUCCGCAGCCUCCUCGUCCUCCUCCUCGUCCACCGCCUCCACCUCCAGGACAGCCUCUCUGGCCCUGAGCAGCUGCUACUCCCCGGUGGCGGCCGCGGCGCAGAGCUCGCUCUACAGCGCCCCCUGCAGUCAGGGCGUCAACACCACCAACAGCGUGGGAAGCGCGGCCUCGCCAGCGGGCGGCGGCACCAACACGAGCAGCAGUUACCACUGCAACUUGCAGGCCAUGAGUCUCUACGCCGCCGCCGCCGCUGCCGCCGCCGCCGCCGGCGGCGGGGGAGGGACGGGGGGCAACGGCGGAGGGGACCGAAGCGGCGGGGGCCAUCUGGGGAGCAGCCCCGUCGAGCCGGACCCGCUGCCCGAGUACAGCCUGGCGGCCAGCAGUAGCAGCAGCGCCUCCUCCCUCAGCCUGAGCCCUCCGGAGGGGCACCCGCAAGGCGGCGGCCGCUUGGCCUCUUGGUACCUCAACCAAGCCUCGGCGGUGGGCGAGCUCACGCAUUUGGCGCCCGCUUCGGCUGCCGCGGCCACUUCGGCCUCCUCCUCCUCCCCGGCGGGCUACCCGGGCCAGCAGCAGAAUUUCCACGCCGUGAGGGAAAUGUUCGAGUCCUCCCAGCGGCUGGGCUUGAACAACUCUCCGGGUAAUGGCAGCGGCGCGGCCAGCAGCUGCCAAAUGGCCUUUCCCGCCAGCCAAACCCUUUAUCGCCCUUCAGGCGCCUUCGUCUACGACUGCAGCAAGUUUUGACCGCCGGGAGCGGGAAAGGGAAGGAGGAGGCGGCGGCGGCGGCGGAGGCCGAGUGAUAAGAACUCCAACUGGGCCCUCCGGGCCUUCUUUCCCCACCAAACCAAAGGGGGCAAAAAAAACGAAACAAAAAACUAUUCAGCAGUGCAAAAGACCGCAUUUGCCCAAUAAAUGAUUAAGUCACGGUUUGUUUAAGGACAGUGUUACACCAAUAACACGUAAGUUUGUAUGCUUCCCCCCCCCACACCCCUUUGAAAACUGCCUUCCCCCCCACCCCACCCGCCCCAGAGAAGCCCCCCGUUUCCAUCUGCGCGCUCUCCUGCGCCAGCCUGCUUGGCUGCCUGCCUUGCGCUUGACCCGGCUGGAUGCCGACCGAGGAGGCGCAUCCCCUCAACGGAGCGCGCAAGGCAGGCCGCGAAACGAGACUGCCCCGUGGCUCCCAACAUGGGUGGAAGUUUUGCCACGGACUUCGACGAGGGCCUCGCCACUCUUUCACGAGGCGCAGGGCCGUUUCAAAAAGCAGUAAGAAGUUUUGCCCAUUGACUCCUACGCAACGUGGAUUGCGCAGUACACGCGUUCUUCUCUCUCUCUCUCUCUUUCUCUCCUUUUCUCUCGCUUUCCCCGAAAGGGCUGUUUUAUAACGCAAAGACUUGUUUUAAAGUGUAAAUGGAACAUAGUAAUUUAUUUUUAAAUCUGUUGUUGGAUCGUUUGGACCAAACACUCAAAAUGUUUGCCCCUCUCCCAUCAGGAAAAAAACACCCAAAAAUAACUGACUUUAAAAUUACCUGAAACGCUCUUUUUUUCUUUCUUCCAUUAUAUAAGAAAAAGGGGGAUUGUAUUAAUCUUAUUUUAUCAUUUUAUCAUUUUCCUUUGUGUUGUUGUUGAAGAUAACCUUGAAGUUAUUGACUUGUUUAUUAAUAAAUUACCAUUCAAUUGGACCAAGAGCA